AAGACUUACGACACACCCUACGAGGGAGAAAAACGAAUGCAGCUAACGAGUGAAAUGCCAACAAGAUGCCAACGGGGCACGAAAAAUGCCCCCUAUCUCUGGUCACGACCGCGUUCUGAGGGUCAAAUAUGCAAGUACGACAGGGAGCCGUUUCAGCAUGCCAAGGUGGUGGUACUACCGUAAGCUUUAUACGAAGAACGUAGUGUUCGAAGACUCAGUCUUUCGCUUUCUCUGCGUCCGCGAGCUCCUCGAUCGGCCUCUAGAUCCACGUGGUUAUCGAGCGUGGUCCACAGGUGCGGUGCCUUUUCGGGAACGUUGGGAAAUCAUCAUCACAGUUCCCUCAAGAAACCAUUAAAGAAAGCGCCCGAUGACUUGACUCGGUUAACUUCAGCUUGUUAAACUCUCUCCAACACCGAAGGCUUACAAAUUCAACAGGUUUACCUCCCUUAAUGACUUAGACAGAGAUCAUCGCGGCCACUGAAAUUCGUCCAUACGUUUCUCAUCGUAAUUCGAAGAGAAUCUGGUAAUAAUGACUUCGCUCGAUGCCACCGUACGGACACGCAUAUCUCGGCAUGAAACCGCUCAUGCGUUUAGAUAACGUCGAUUUCGUAAUCAAAAUCGUACAUUCGAACUUUCAACUUCCGCGUCGUUAACAAUGGCCAUUAGACGGUUACCCAAACUGUGAAUUCUUCCACGAAGAGAACAAUUGAGUUUGCUUUCGAAAAUGUUGUGGACUUGAGGGCACAAUCUAUGACACAUGAAAAGUACACAAUUUGUAACACAAAAGAAAACUAAAUCCUCUGAAAUUAUAUUUAAGAAAAAAAGGAGAAUUGUAGCUUAAAAAUUUUUAAUAUUUUUUACUAGAUUAAAAGGGAACAGAAGAUUCUGAAUUUUGAUUUCAAAACACAGAGGAAUUGCUGCUAAAAAAUUUGAAAAAUUUCUACUCCAAAACGCUCCGAACCAUAUGAAAAGAGAACAAGAGUCUAUAAAAUUUUAUUCAAAAAAAGAAAAAUGAGCAUUGCUGCUUAAAAAUUCUGAACGUUUUUCUCCGAAAAUGCUCCAUACCUGAAGCCCCAAUUUAUCCCACAUUACUCUCUUCGCAAAGGAAACAGAAGUCUUUGCAAUUUGAUUUCCAGACACAAAAUAAUUGCAAAAUUGCCUAGAAACUUCUCGAGAAUGCACGAUUUACCCAACACCACAUGAAAGGGAGACGAAAGUCUUGAAACUUUGAUUUCAAACAUUGCUUGAGACUUGGAUAGAAUUCGGAGAAAAGAAAAAUGGGACUGGCGACUGCCGCCACGGUGGCUGCGAAGGGCGCCACGAUUCUUCUGGGUAAAGUGGCCAUUAUUCCUAUUCUGAUAGCGGCGCUCGCCUACUUCAAUUACGAUCUAAUGGAUCCGGAAAAUCACCCAAAAGUGACGAAGAAUCUCAGGAAGGAGUACGAUUUCGUGGUGAUAGGUGGUGGAUCGGCUGGAAGCGUGAUUGUAAACAGGCUGACGGAAAAUCCGGAAUGGACCGUGUUGCUGCUGGAGGCUGGAGGUCAUGAGACGGAGAUAACAGACGUGCCGAUAUUGUCUCUUUAUUUGCAUAAGAGCAAACUGGACUGGAAGUACAGGACGCAGCCUCAAGACUCGGCCUGUCAGGCGAUGGUCGAUCGACGAUGCUGCUGGACCAGGGGAAAGGUGCUUGGAGGUUCGAGUGUGCUCAACACGAUGCUUUAUAUUCGAGGAAAUCGACGUGAUUUCGACCAAUGGGAGAGUUUUGGAAACACGGGCUGGGGCUACGAGGAUGUCUUGCCUUACUUCAAAAAAUCAGAGGACCAACGAAACCCGUACUUGGCUCGCAACAAAUACCAUAGCACAGGAGGCUAUCUGACGGUUCAAGACGCCCCGUACAACACGCCAAUAGGAGUAGCCUUUCUGCAAGCCGCCGAGGAAAUGGGUUACGACCUGGUGGACGUGAACGGGCAGCAGCAGACCGGCUUCGCGUUUUAUCAAUACACGAUGAGAAGAGGAGCUCGAUGCAGCGCAGCGAAGGCAUUCAUCAGACCCAUUCAGUUGCGCAAGAACUUCCACUUGUCCCUGUGGAGCCACGUCACCCGGAUCCUCAUAGAUCCACGAACGAGAAGAGCCUACGGGGUGGAAUUCAUCAGGGAAGGUCGCAAGGAGGUCGUCUACGCCAAGAAGGAGGUGAUCCUUUCCGCAGGCGCCAUCAACUCGCCUCAACUGUUAAUGCUCUCAGGAAUAGGGCCGCGUCAACACCUUCAGGAAGUGGGAAUUUCUGUGAUCCACGACUCGCCAGGUGUCGGUCAGAACCUGCAGGACCACAUAGCAGUUGGUGGCCUCGCAUUUCUCAUCGACCCCCAGAUCAGCGUGGUGAUGAACCGCCUGGUGAACAUCAAUUCAGCCCUACGCUACGCCAUCACCGAGGACGGGCCUCUGACCUCCAACGUCGGCCUAGAAGCCGUUGGGUUCAUCUCCACCAAGUACGCGAACCAAUCCGACGACUGGCCGGACAUAGAGUUCAUGUUAACAGCCUCGUCGACCAACUCCGACGGAGGUACCCACGUGAAGAACGCUCACGGGCUAACGGACGAGUUCUACAACGAAGUCUUUGGCAAGAUUAAUAACCGAGACGUCUUCGGGGUGUUCCCUAUGAUGCUCAGGCCCAAGUCGCGCGGAUUUAUUAAGCUGAGAUCGAGGAAUCCUUUGGAUUAUCCUCUCCUGUACCAUAACUACCUGACUCACCCCGAUGACGUAAGGGUUCUGCGCGAGGGCGUCAAGGCCGCCAUUGCCUACGGAGAAACUAGUAGCCUGAGGCGUUUCGGCGCCAGGUUCCACAACAAGCCUUUGCCUAAUUGCAAACACCUGCCGAUGUUUACGGAUGAGUACUGGGAAUGUGCCAUUAGACAGUACACCAUGACGAUUUAUCAUAUGAGCUGCACAGCGAAAAUGGGACCUCCGACUGACCCCAUGGCAGUGGUGGAUCCCGAACUGAGGGUUUACGGAGUGGACGGAUUGAGGGUGAUCGACGCCUCGAUCAUGCCUACGAUCACCAACGGGAAUAUCAACGCGCCCGUGAUCAUGAUCGGGGAGAAAGGCGCGGAUAUGAUUAAGAAACAGUGGCUGUCGCGACGGAAGAGGGACAACGGAACGAUCGCUGGUUCUUGAUACGUUGAAUUCUUGCCGAGAAAUCGGCCGUAGUUCGAAUCGAGUCUGUUCGUUGUUUAGCCCUAGCGACGGGACAGCUUGGUCGCGGUGGCGAGUUUAGAGGAGAGGCUUUAUGUUCGAUACUAAAACUAUCCAAGUUCGAGUCAUGAUUUGUGUGUACUGUUACAUAUUUGAGAAUAGAGAGCGCUGGAGCAUGUCAAUUCUAUUUCUGUAAUUUUCAUCAUAUACUGCAACGAAGAUGUUGAUGAUUGGGUUGUCCGGAAAGUUCAUGUCUAUUUUUAAGAAAAAUUCAAAGGCAUAUUUGAAUUUUGAUGUAUAUUUAUUGAAUUAUAUAUGUACCAUUUUGUUCCACAAACUUUCCGUCUGUUAAGGAAUGUACACAUGUUAUUUGUUUUCAGCCAUUCCGAUAUAUUCAGACCUGUACCGCCUACUAAAAAUCGGCAUGGACUUUCCAGACAGCCCAAUAGUUUUAAGUAAGGGCGCCGCUACAAAAACUAGGUAACAGUAGUUAUCGAGACAAAAUUUUGAAACUUUGUACUUUUACGUAGUUCUGAACGCUGAAUUUAAUGGUGUAAACAAAAAAAAAAUGGUUAAACAUGUUGAAUUAAUAGGAUAUUAAUAUAAGUAAUUCUUUAUAUAUUUAAGUUUAAUUACGUAAAGAAUAAUUACACAUGGUGUAUACAAAAUUUUCUUAUUACUUAGGUCACCUUGUUACGUCUAGAGUGAGAGUCAAGAACCUACUAAAAACGUACUGACGCUUCACUUACCAUGCUCGCAUUGUACAGUAAUGCUCAACCUGUACAAUGACACUCCUUCAUACUAAACUAAACUAAAUUUACUCGAUUCUUCACAAAACAGUUUCUUUGCGUUUUUGGAAAAAAAAAGUCAGAUCGAAAAAUGCCACAGCGUUCAGCAUUCAAAAUUACAUAAAAAUACAAAGCUUCAAAAUUUGUUCUCAAUAACUACCGGUAGCUUUUGUGGCAGUGUCCUACCUUAGAAAG